AUGGCAGAGUCCUGCACGGGUCCAUUUUUGGAGAAACCCUCCGCCCGUACCCGCAAAGUUCAGAACCAGAUCCGUCGAGUGAAAAGACAAUUUAAUUGUUUCGUGUUUCUUUCAGAUGUGAAGAGUGAUUCAUGUUUGGAUAUAGAAAUAACGUCCUCAACAUCAAAAGAGCGACUGACAGCACAAACUCUUUCCUGCAUCACCUGUGGAAAGACAUUCAGCUCACAGAGACAUUUAGAGAGACAUGAGAGAAAACACACAGAACAGAAACUCUUCACCAGAUCUGAGAUCAGCUUUACUACCUUACAAGAGAAGAAACUUCAUUCAGAAGACCACAGAGAGAAGAAGAAGAAGAAGAAGAAGAAGAAGCAGUUUCACUGUGAGCAGUGUGGGAGGAUUUGUGUCUCUUCCUAUAAACUAAAUGUUCACAUGAGGAUACACAGUGAUGAAAAGCCUUUCAACUGCACUGAAUGUGGAAAAUACUUCAAAACCAAACAAAAUCUUAAAGUUCAUCAGAGAGUUCAUACAGGUGAAAAACCUUACAAAUGCUCUCAGUGUGACAAGACCUUUGCUCUGUUACGUUCCUUGAAAGCCCAUACAGGUGAUAAACCUUUCAAAUGCUCUCAGUGUGACAUGACCUUUGCUCAGUCAGGUCACUUGAAAGCCCAUCAGAGACUUCAUACAGGUGAAAAACCUUUCAAAUGCUCUCAGUGUGACAAGACAUUUACUUGUUCAAGUAACUUAAAAGUCCAUCAGAGAGUUCAUACUGGAGAGAAACCUUAUCACUGUAGUCUCUGUGGGAAGAGUUUUAGUCAACGGGCUUCAUUACUAAAUCACAAGAGAAUUCAUACAGGUGAAAAACCUUUCAAAUGCUCUCAGUGUGACAUGACAUUUACUCAGUUAGGUUCCUUAAAAUCCCAUCAGAGUGUUCAUACUGGAGAGAAACCUCAUUACUGUAAUGUUUGUGGGAAGAGAUUUAGACAACAAUUUGAAUUAAUAAUUCACAAGAGAGUUCAUACAGGUGAAAAACAUUUCAAAUGCUCUCAGUGUAACGAGAUGUUUUCUCAGUCAAGUCACUUGAAAUCCCAUCAGAGACUUCAUACUGGAGAGGAACUUUACGUCUGUGCUCAGUGUGGAAAGAACUUUUCUAGUUCAUCUCAAUUAAAAGUUCAUCAAAUAGUUCACACUGGAGAAAAACCUCAUCACUGUAGUGUCUGUGGGAAGAGUUUUAGUCUAAAGGCUACCUUACUAAAGCACCAGACACUUCAUACAGGUGAAAAACCUUUCAAAUGCUCUCAGUGUGACAAGACGUUUACUUAUUCAAGUAACUUAAAAGUCCAUCAGAGAGUUCAUACUGGAGAGAAACCUUAACACUGUAAUGUUUUUGGGAAGAGUUAAUCAACAGUCAAACUUUGUAAAGCACCAGUGACCUUAAUAAGGUUAUGACACCAAAAACUUGUGUAAAGUUUUAAAUAUUGUUAAGAACAAAUAAUCAAAUUAUGAGCAAUAUCGCAGAUAAAUAGAACAGAACAAACAUACAAAUGAAAUAAAACUGCUGCUCAUGUUUUUAUAUUAAUUUAACAGUACUGUAUUAUGGAGGACGAAAAAUUACUUAAAGGUCCCAUAUUUUAAAGCUUUCUAGUUUUAUUUUAAGUUAUGAUAUCCUUAAAGGUUCUGUAUGUAGUUUACAGCGGCCUCUAGCGGUGAUGUUUCAGAUUGCAACCAAUAAGUUUAAAAGCGCGUCCUCGAACUCAUGAGCGACGGCCAGACUGACAUUUAACACACCGGAGAAAGGAUCACACAACAUGCUGGAAACUCAGGUAAACUCCCACUGCAACGUUUAAUUGACUGCAUUUAGCCUGUUAUGUGGUGUUACUUACAUUUACGGUAAGAUAACGAAAACGAUUAGUGAACUACACUGAACAAUUUCAGUAUUAACAGUAAAGCCCGGUAUAUACUGUGCUAUUUAAAAUAGUCCUUUAGGGUUGUUGCUUGCCACACUGUGCGAUCAAUAUCGUAGUUUAGUCCAUGUCACACUGUAUAAUCUCAGUUUCCAUCAAUGUCAGACCGUACGAGUUUAAAAACUUUUAAAAAGCGGACGCAUGCAAACAAACGCGUCCGCAGUUUUACGUCAUCGAUCGACGACGGCUGGGCAAACACGUUAAAGCGAAGGCUAGCAAACCGAAAUAACGUCUAAAAAACUAAAGCAGAUAAUCAAAAUAUAUUUGACAUGCUUUGUAGUAAUGUUAGCUUACCUGUCCAAAAGGAUGAAAGCAAACUCCGGAUCCGUUUUUAUACCCAAAACAAAGCGGAGGUUUCUCCAUAAUUUAUAUGCCCUGCCAAUGUUAAUCCGUGUUUUUGUCCUUGGUUGAUCCAAUUCACGUUUGGCCUUACGAACUUCAGCAGAUAACUUUUCUUCACAAUAUGUGGAGUUUGUGUUGGAGUCUGUGUUGUGCUGGGAGCAUGUCGUUUCAGU